GCGAGAAUUCUAAGCUUGUAACAAGUAAGAUGGCCUCCACCGACUCCAGUUUAUCAAGUGAAAAUCCCGCCAAGAAGGAGGAUGAAUUUAACGAAUUUUACUCGGAGGUUAAAGAAAUUGAGAAAAGAGAUUCUGUGUUGACUCCCAAGCAACAAAUUGAUAGACUACUGCGACCUGGGUCAUCAUAUUUCAACUUGAAUCCAUUUGAGGUUUUACAAAUUGAUCCGAGCACAGCGAUAGAGGAAAUAAAAAAGAAAUACCGUCGUAUGUCAAUUUUGGUGCAUCCAGACAAAAAUCAGGAUGAUGCCGAAAGAGCACAGCAAGCCUUUGAAAUUGUUAAUAAAGCGUGGAAAACAUUGGAAAACGAGGAAACUAGAUCGAAAUGUAUGGAUGUUAUUGAGGAGGCAAAAGCGCGGACUGAUCACAUGAUUGCAGAAAAGAAGAAGAAGCAAAAGAAAGAAGGAAAAUCUGAGAACUCGGGUCCGACACUUUUAGAGGAAGAAACUGAGGAAGGUUACAGACAUGCGGUUUGGGUUAUGACUAUGAAACUAUUCGCCGAUAUGGAACGAAGAAGACGAGAAUUAGCCACGAGAGAUGCAGAGCAACGUAAGAGAAAGCGCGAAGAGGAAUUGUCUGCAGAAGCCCAAGCAGCAAUGGAGCGCGAAUGGCAAAGAAACUUUGAAGAGUCCAGACAAUCGCGCGUCGACAGCUGGAAGGCGUUUCAAUCCGGUACGAGUGCCACAAAGCAGAAGAAAGCGAAGAAGUUAAAAGCUUUUAGGCCGCCAAAAACGAAGGCGGAAUCGCGAUAAUCAAUCAUCCCUCGUUUUUCUCUACUUCCGGUGUGUGGAUUCUAAUUUCAAUAGACGCAAUGUUUUAUCUUAGAGAUUUUCUCACAACGUUAAGCUAGGGUAAGAAAUCUAAUUCGCGCAUUAAUAGAACGAUAAACAUGCUGAAUCACUUUAUCUUGAAAUUAAAAGAAAGGAUAUUUUGGAUCCCCGAUCUUUUUAAUUUCAAGCUAUCCAGUUACAAGAUAGAAAUUUUUUGGUUUUGACAUUGUUUAAAUACCGAGAUUCGAUUUUUUUAUGAAAUACCCUUAUACCCAUUAAUAGUCAUUUUUAUUAACCUUAAAUCUGAAUGAUGUCAUUAAAUCUUUGAUGAGCUUUCGAAGGCAUCUUUUUAUUUCAUUGAAAUAAAAAUCGUUUCUAUUUAUCAUCAACUCCAAUUUAACAUUGCUCACUAAUAUAUUCAGAGUAAACGAAGUUCGGGGGAGCUUGAUGAAAUCGAUAGCAAGGCUAUUUUCUUGCUUAGAUGUGUAAUCGUGAUUCAAAGCUAGUAAAAUAAAAAUGUUAAAGGUAUAUAUACCGAUGUUACCGUGAGUAAAAUCAUAAGAAUAAAUUUGUGCGUUACUAUAAAGGGAAAAAAUAUACGGAAAAUGC